AUGGAAAGUAACAUUUCUAGAUAGAUUACUAAAUCUCAUAAUUUGCUAAUUGGAAUCGAUAAGUAAGGUUGGGCUAUCCCAUAUUAAAUUAAACUUCAAACUUGCAUGAUUGGCUUAUCUGAUUAUGGAGUAACUGCUUAGGUUAAGUAAAUAUAAGACAGUUUUUUGUAUUUGUCUGUAGAUUUAGGAAAAAAUUUUAAUAUAAUUACAUGCUCAUAGAUACUUUUUAAUACUCUCUUUAAAGAAAAUCAUAAUAGGCAUUCACUUGAUUAAAUAAGACUAGAUUUAUAUAUGCCUACUUUAGCUAGCUUUACUAAAAAAAAUAGAUAUGAAAAUUCAUUUUAUGAGACAAUAUUUGUGAAACCAAAAAAUAAAAGCCAAGUUCAAUUUGAUAAUUUAAAAUAAUCACCUGAAUUCAUAGAAUUACUACUGUAGAUGGACAUAUUUAAAAUAUCAGCAUAGUGCACAUUCAUAGAAAAUAAAUUUACUUAAAUUUUAUAAUUAAAAAUUAAUGAAGUAGAUUUGAUUGAAGAAAAUGACCAUAAAAUAGAAUUUUUAAAAUAAUCAAUGGACCAUUUAGAGCAAUACCAAAUAAUUUCUUAAGAAUUUACUCGAUAGCAAAAGUAAAUUUUAGAUUAAAAAAGCAAAUUUUUUGCUAAAUAAAAACAAAAUUCUCUCACUUAAAACGAAAUUAAUGAAGAUAGUAGAAAUUUUAUUUCUGAAAAAAACAACAGUGAAUUAAACAAAAACAAUUCAAAAUAUAUUUCUAAUGAAAAUAUUAUUUAAAAUUCUAGAUAAACGAUCUAAUAACUGGAUUUUACUUCUAAAAGUUAGCAAAAUAGUAUUUUUGAAACUACAUAACUAAAAGAGUAUUCAUAAUAAUUCAGCUACUACAAAGUUUAAGAAGAAAAUUAAGCUUAAAGCAAUACACACCUGUAAAUUCAAGCAGAAAUAAUUAGUUAACCUGAAUUUUUAUUCUCUUCAAUAAAUAUUUUAAGUAAUAAUAGAGAUAGUCCUAAAAUGAUCUAAUAUUAGUAAAAUUUGGUUUCUCCAAAUAUAAUAACCAGAAAUUCAAUUUUAGAUUAAAAUUAUCAAUUAAAUUCUAUAGAAAAAUUUGACUAAUUUGCUUUAGAUAACUAACUUAAUCCAAAAAAUAUUAAUAAUUUUCAAAGAAAUUUGAACUUUGAUUAACUUAUAUAAAAAUCUAAUAAAAUUGUAAGCAAACCAUGUAGAAUGAGCUACCUUACUUAAUAAAAUAUGAUUAAAUCAUUCAAAGAAAAAGAGAAAUCUAGUGAAUCGAACUUUUAAAUGAAAUCUUUUUUAAAAAAAAAAACCCUAAGAGAUAAAACAAAGUAAUUCACCAAUAAAAAGAUUGGAUCGCUUCAAAAACUUCAAGGGACAAGCAUAUAAUCUUAUAAAUCUGAAUAUUCCUACAAAAAGUCAAUGAUUAAUAUGAUUAAAAGACCAUCAAAAUUAAUUGGUUUGCAAUUAAUAAAGUAUUCUGAAUAAAUAAACAGUAUAGCUGAGUAUGUUAUAACAAUAGCAAAUUAAAGAGUAUUAAUGGUGAUUGUCGAAAAUGGAGCAAAAAAUCUCUAUUUAAGUUACUAAAAACAAUAGUUAGAUUAAUAUUAACAACUAAAAUAAAAAUUAGACUCAUUAUAUAAUAUUAUAGAUAACCAAUAAAAUAAUGAGUAUUUUAAUUCUUUAUUUGAAAAUAAUUUUAUUGAGAAAGUCCUUUAAAAAAAUUCUUGCUUAACAAUUAAUGAAAACUAAUAAUAUUUAACAGUAAAAGGAUUUAAUGUUACAGAAUGUGAUAGCUAAGAUGAUUCUUUUUUUUUUUUUAAUAUGAACAAAGUUUUUAGUGAAUUAUCUCUUUCAGAUUAAUUCUAUUUCUAGAAAUAUUAUGAUUAUAUCAUAAGCGUAUUGACUGAGUUUGCUAUGAAAAAUUCUUAUGAUAAUUACACGCGAGGCGAUAGUUAAAUGACUAAGGGCUUAAGUGUUUUAAAGUACAUAUAAGGCACAGAAAUAGUGAGAAUAUUGAAGUGGUACUAUGUUUAUUUUAGUGAUGAGUUUAUGUUUAACACUGAGACUAAUGGUAAUAAAUUUGCUUGGGAAAAGACUAAAAGUGAACUGGAUAAGAUUAUGGUUCCUAUAAAAACUAGGUUUCCAAAUUUUCGCAUUCACUUAUGGGCUUUAAUCAGUUAUGAGGGAGCCGAAGCGAUACGUUUACUAGAAGGUAGUGUGAACCCUGACGUUGCAAUUGAUUUAUAUAGUAGAUAGCUUGAUAAAAGAAGAUAAAAUCUUAUAGUUUGA